UGAGGCAAGCGGCGAUGGCGACGGGCGAGGAGGGCGAGGAAGAGCCGGCGAGGCGGAGGGAGGCCGGGCCCAGCAGCGGCACCCACAGCACGGGGCAGAAGGACAAGAAGAGAACAAGUAGAGAAACUUCAAUGGAAAAAAGGGGACCGUACAUUAUGAACAAAACUCCUUCUAUUCAAGACAAGCUGCAAAAGCAUCGGGAGAUGGCGAAGGCGAUGUUGCGGAGGAAAGGCGUGCUUGGGGGAACCGUCCGGAACCAACCCAAAUCAGCAGCCAAGAGGUCAGUGAAGUUCAAUAAGGGCUAUGCUGCUCUUAGUCAGACCUCGGAUGAAACUCUGGUCUCCUUGGAGUCAGACAGUGAUGGGGAGCUGGAAUCCCGAUGUUCCUCUGGUUACUCUUCCGCAGAGGUGAACCAGGAUCUCAGUCGUCAGCUGCUGCAGGAUGGCUAUCACCUGGACGAAGUCCCAGACGACGAGGACCUUGACCUCAUUCCUCCCAAGCCUGUCUCAUCUUCCCCUUGUGCCUGUUGCUUCGGGGAAUCCUCUUCUUGCUCCAUCCAGUGAGAGAUGGGCUGAAGAGGCAACACUGCACAGGUCAAGACACCAGCACUUUUCUUUCCCCAAUUUUUUUGGGGGGAGGGGGGACUUGUGGAUGCCAGCAGAGGCUGCUGAGCCCACCACCAAACCUCGGGUCAAAGCAGUCGAGUGGGUGGGAAGAACAAAGCAUCCCAUUGCACCCCCGAUUGGGGACACUUUAGCGUUUCUCCAAAAACUAUUUCUGCAAUACGCUAUGAGACUGUUGGAGAAAGCAGCCUGCCAGUUACCUUGCCGAGGAUUGCCUCUUUGUGGGAGGAAGCUGCACCGUUGAUGGGAGAAGAGAUCCAAAUCUGGAGGCCGGCCGCAGAACUCAUUUUGUGGAAAGGGAUGUGGAGCCAAGGCAACCUUGGACUUCCUCUGAAUAUAAACCUUUGGAGUUGGAGUGGGGGAAGGCUGUUAUAGGGCCCACGUAAGCAAAUUUCCCUUUCCUUUGUACUUCAAAACCUUACAAAGAAGCAGUCCAAGCAUAGGCAACGUUGGGUGUGGCAGGGUGGAACGUUGGGUGUGGCAGGGUGGAAGCAGAGAGCUUUGCACAUCAGACUCUGGGUAGCUCACCCGUGAGCCAGUUUAUGGAGCUUUGCCUAGUAAUCUGGUGGCUUUCUGUUUCCUCCAUCCACUUCCUCACCCAGAGACAUUUUUACAGGCUGGGAGCACUGUGGAAACUUGAGCUGAGGUCCUGGGCCUCGUAAAGGGCCUGCCAAGCCUUUGGAGGGGUGUGUGUGUUGUUUGGAAGAAGCAUUUACGCCUCCAAGGCUGAGCUUUUAAGACAGGCCUAGAAGACGGCAGAAGAGAGGCACUCAUUUAUCGCCGGCUUAAGCUCUGGGCUUCUCCGCGUGCUUUGGUGGGAGGCCGAGCUGAACGUGGCCGCCCUCCCACCUUCAGAAGCAAGACAGGGGCCCGAGAUUUGGGCACUGCCUCCCUCUGAUGUCCAGGAGCAUCUGUACAGGAGUGAAUCAUCGGUUAUCCAGACUAGCAAGACCUCCCAGGGCCUGCAUGGUUCGAGGGUGUUACCGUCAUGCUUCCUAACUCGAUUGCAGCUCACCCCACUUUUUCCGCAACAGCUGUCUCUAAUUGUUGUAUUAACUCUAGGCAGCUUUAUAAGGGGACUAACCCUUUACCAUGUGAAGUUAGUGAUACCUUUCAUUAGAAGAGCCUAGAUCUGCCCUCCCUUUACCUGGGACCACAGUUCAUCUGUCCAGGUUGCUUUUACACAGUAAUGAUAGGCGAGGAGAAUCAGUUCUUUUCUGAUUGGUGGAGGGGUGUGUUUUGGGGUGUGCUUUGCUCACCACUUACCCUGCUGCCCUCCCCUUUUCAUGCAGUUUGCCCCGCAUAAUACCAGGGCAGACUUGUACCGGGAGCAGAAGGGGUGGAAGAGCAGGAAGAAAGACAUGACAUUCAUGUUUACUUGCUCUCUGUGUUGGUCCCCGAGGGCCACAGCUGGGUAUUUGCCUCUGCAGAUUACACUACAGAUUCAAUAGUAUGCUGGAAGCUUUAAAAAAAAAAAUUCCACUAACAUUUGGGUUUUGACCAUGCCCCCAGACUGUGAUUCCAUAAGCAUCCCAAGGCAGCCAAAGGCUGUUGUUUCUCUGCCUGGGCAAUCCGUUAUCAGCCGCUUGCCGAAAUAAAAGCCAGUGCUCUUUUGCAACUUUCUUGCAGCUGCACGAUCCCAAGCUGCACAUCAUCCUUGCUUGGUGUAGCGCCGCAAGAGGGCUAUUCCUGGCAGGACACAAGAGGCUGAAGAUUCACUCUGGGGCACUCUUCCGUUACUCAUCAGUGUGGGCUGGGGGGCUGCCCCACAGACAUACCCUCGCCCAUUGGCUCCACUAGGGAUGAGGAAACACUGCCCUUGCAGUGUGUUAAGUACACAGUGAUCUGCUUUAUGGAUCUGAUCCCCGCUGGAGCCACUUGACCAUUAAGGCAGAUUUUUUUCUCUUUCGUUGCCUUUUAUUUAUUUGGGUGCUGCGUGCUGUGUUUUCUUCACCUGCAAAGUCUCCUGGUGGCAGAAGGCAGGUACCCUGACGGGCUGUUCUCUUUGAAGUUUAGUUGCAAUAAGCUUUUAUAGGUUUGGUGGGGAGGGGGGUAGAAGAAUGUAGCAGACGGGUAGAGACAACAGCCCCCAAACAAGCUCUGCAGGUAAAGGUGGGAGCAGGCCCCCAGAUGCGGUAAUCCAGGGUUGAGAAGGGCGACUCGUCAUCCCUUCCAGACAGGGCUCAAAAAUGCUGCCUUAAAAUAAUGAAAUGCACAGAGGACAAUCUUACUAGAUUAUUUAAUACUAUUGUAUAUUCAGAGAAUUAUUGGUUUUAUAUAUCAUGAUCAAGGGAAGCAUAUCAAAUAAAACUCCCCCUUGUAUAGCACUGGU